UUUAAUGAGCCCGCGAUAUAUUACCGCUAAUGUGCGGGGUGGCCCUUCAAAUGUCGAGGGUCUACAUGUGUGCGCCCUCUUGCCUUUAGCUUGGAUUCAAAAUGACCAAGAAGAGGUGUAAUGGAGGGCGCUCCAAGCAUGGUCGAGGCCAUGUCAAGUUUGUACGCUGCACCAACUGUGCCAGAUGUGUCCCCAAGGACAAAUCUAUCAAGAAGUUUGUCAUCAGGAACAUCGUGGAGGCUGCGGCUGUCAGGGACAUUGCUGAUGCCAGCGUUUAUGAAGUGUACGCUCUUCCUAAACUAUAUGUCAAGCUACACUACUGUGUGAGCUGUGCUAUCCACUCCAAGGUAGUGAGAAACAGAUCCAAGGAGGACCGUAAGAUCCGUACCCCUCCUCCACGAUUCCAGCGCAGGCCCGAGACCAAUCAGCAAAGACAGCCUGGAGCUCCGGGGGCAGCAACAGGUGGUGCAGGAGCCAGAUAGAUUCAACUCCUACAUCUGCCAGUUUGCUGUAAUGUGCUAACAUUUGAGAAAUAAAAACUCCAACCCUUGGAAAACUGA